CGACCUUCAAUGAUGCCAACCAAUUAAGGAGUUUGUUGUUUUUCCAAAACAGAUGCAUCCGAAUUACACGUCGUUAGAUUAUUAACGCUACUAAAUGCAAAUAACAUGAAGCUUUUAAUUAGCGUUCAAAUAAAAUGACGGCGCAGCAAAAUUGACCGAAAAAUUAUCGUUUCCCGCUGCUUUUUACGGCGCCUUUCAUUGGCCAGUGACCCUUUCAUCCUCUGACGUGCGCAACCAAAACAUUAGCCGAACCAGCUGCAGAGAUUGUUUUCAGAGGAAAAAUAGUCAGCAUGGGAACCCCAUUGCAGCAAACCACUCUCCGCCGCAUAGAAUUUGCACUUUAUUCAAGAUUUUGAAGAGUCCGAACUAUUAACAGGACUGGCGAUCAUAUGUGCUGAGUCAUGCCAAACUACAAAAUUGGAAAAAGGGGAGCUCUCUCAGUCAUUAGAUCUGCUCUUCCAAAGAAAAUCCAGAAGAUAACCCAAGCGAGUCACGAGGUUGACCAUGCUUAUGGUCAUUCAUCUUCUUCGUGUGCACUGAAAUUUGAGCUGAUUCAGCUGCUAGCCGACUGCUGUGAUGUGAAAAUAGAAAGCAAUGAUUCUAAUUCUGCUGCCCCUUCUCCACUCUGUGAUUCUGUUCCUACAAAUUAUGAUUGCUCAGAAGAGUAUGACAGGUGUUUGUCACCUGAUUUAGUCAAAGUAAAGGUGGAGCCUGGCAUCGAAAUGCAGCUUAAAGAGAGCUCGCUUUCUAGUGAUCAUGCUAUAAUCAUCAAGUGUGGGGAGGAUCUGGAUUUGUCUCCUUCAAAAAUAUCAUCAAUUGCGUCUGAAAUAAUGCAGCCCCUGGACGACAAGAGCCUGCCGUUGAUAUCUGUGAAGAAUUUCAAGUGCGACGACGAAGAGUACUCGUUGCCUGACGAGGACAGUGCGAGCAUCGAGGGAAACGAAAAUCAGGAAGACUCGGACUUUGUGUUGAAUGUGGAAUACAAAACGGAGCAGAACGUGCAAACGUCUUACAAAUUUUUCAAGUGCUCAGAUUGUGAUCACAUUUUCCCGUCGCAUAAGAAGCUGGUCGAGCACGUCCAGGGCAACACAUCUAAUCCGAGUCUGAAAGUUCUGUACAAACAGAAAUGCGGUUUCUUCUGUGAGAUUUGUAAAAUGCGCUUGAUGAACCACAAGUCAUUGCUCUUGCAUAAAGUUCAAAAGCACAGCACCAUUUUCCAAACGAUUGUCCCGGUAAAAAAAGAGGAAAUGGCAGUCCCUUGUGGAAUGAUUUGCAAAAUUUGCUCCAAACAAUUCAAUUCACAGACGGAGAUGGAUAGUCAUAUAAAAGCCCAUGAGAACUUUAUGCCCUUUGAAUGUCGAAAAUGUUACAAGCGUUUCAAAUUUCAUAAUGAAAUGAAGGAGCACAAUGCCGAGGUCCACGAGGUUUCCAAGGACGCCCGAGGCUGGUACAUGUGUAAGCUGUGUGAUGGGACUUUCAAGAAGCUAAUCGACUACAAAUCCCACACGUAUCAAGAUCACUGCGUUAUUUUCAAUGAACUUUACAAUAUCACAAAGACUUGUUGAGAAAAAUAUUUAUUAUUAACAUGCUGUGGUGUUUAAAUGACUUGCAAAGAGGUGUCUCAGCCCCUCAGAUAAAAGAAAUCCUAAUCAGCUGUGCUGUGGAUAAAAAAAUAAGGGGCAAGCUUAACAAGUUACUUUACUUAGCGGGUUCAUUUUGUAACAAUAAAUGGGAGUAAUAUUAAAACCUUACCUACUUUUUUGGGCCGAACGAUAUUUUCUUAACCACCGAAUUUGGAUUUAAUUUAAUUAAUAAUGACGAAAAAAAAUGUGAAUUGAAUUAUUAAAUUUUUUUCAGCUCUCAGAGACCUCUCUUUGCUUGUCAUAAAUAUUUAUGCUUUUUCUGUGCAAUCUAAAAGUUUUAUCUGCUAAUUAUUUCAACUAUAUAUACAAUACUUGUUUUGCCACAAAAUACUGUAGGAAACUGUGAAAAUGGUAAAAAGUAAAAUUUUUAAAUAGAUGCCUUUCUAUUUCUAUCUAAACACUAAAACAAAGUAAAAGCAGCGUUUCUUUUU